ACCCCAUGUGCAGCCGGUGAUACCUGUGAUAAAAUUGCUGCCGAGUUCGGGAUCACAGAAGCUGAGUUCCUUGCCUGGAAUCCUGCCAUCUCAUCUGAUUGUUCAAGUGGCCUCUGGGUUGACGAGGAUUACUGCGUGGGUGUGCGGUCGAACAGCACUACUGCCACCACUACAUCAAGUAGUGGCAGUAUAUCUACUGCAUCCACGGCCACUAUUACAUCCGCAUCUGCCCCCUCAACUUCAGCUUCUGCAACCGAAUCCUCAUCCUCCGUCACUCCACCAGCUCCCACUCAAUCUGGUAUUCCUUCAAACUGUGACAAAUACUAUGUUGCACAAUCGGGAGAUGACUGCGCCACCAUCGCAGCUGAAUAUGAUAUUACCGAAGCUGAGUUCCUUGACUGGAACCCCGCCAUCUCGUCCGACUGUACGAGUGGUCUCUGGGUCGAUGAGGCCUACUGUGUGGGUGUAUCUGGUAGCAGCAGUAGUGCUACCGCUACCAGCACAUCUGCAUCUGUCUCUUCGUCGACUACUUCGGUCGUCCCGCCAGGCCCGACCCAGUCCGGCAUUGCUUCCAACUGUGAUGAGUACUACAUUGCGCAAUCGGGUGAUACCUGUGCCGCCAUUGAAGCGAAGUUUGGCAUCACCAAAGCUGAGUUUCUGGCGUGGAAUCCUGCUGUCUCCUCGGACUGUACCACUGGUUUCUGGGCCGAUGAGGCGUAUUGC